ACAUAACCACACAUACAACAGGCAUAACCACACACAAAACAGGCAUAACCACACAUAAAACAGGAAUAACCACACAUACAACAGACAUAACCACACAUACAACAGGCAUAACCACACAUAAAACAGGCAUAACCACACAUAAAACAGACAUAAACACACAUACAACAGGCAUAACCACACACAAAACAGGCAUAACCACACAUAAAACAGGCAUAACCACACAUAAAACAGGCAUAACCACACACAAAUAG